AUUGCUUAUUCCUCAGCGGGCACUGAUGCCGGCACUGCGCAUCUCCGAGGAAGGCAACAGUGCACGAACCUUCGGUGGGCACAUGCAAGACAGUGACAUGUACAUGGAUGGACUCGUUCUUGUGUGUGGUGGCGGUCGGACUUAUCGCCCAGGCAGUGUCGAGGAAGGCACCAAAGCUGCAACGGUGGCUAUCCCACGUGUAGUACCAUGUACGGCAGCAGGCACUGGUGGUUCACUGCUGUCUGUAGCAUCGACAUCCACUACCAUCGACCUUGUGUCUAGCCAUGUAGCACCAUCGACCUCGUAUGUGGUCAUGUAGGGUCUGGCAUCCAACGAGAACAAGGUCUGCUGUCUGUCAGAGUUGGAAAGAAUCUGAAGUUUCCUCGCGGUGUCCAUGGGAUGAUGUUGUGAGAGCUCCCUAGUCUAUCAUGCCGUCAGUCAUUGUAUGAGAAAACACUGCAAGUCGUCAUAACGAUUCAGAAUCUUGACUAAGCCCCAUACGAAUACCAUCGUGAAAUUAUAUAUGUCGAGAGAUUAUAUAUAAUAUAUAUAUAUAUAUCCGUCUUUUUUAAUCAUGCAGUUGAUGUGUGUCUGUCACCACGAAGCGUCAUACUUCACCUUGAAAUAUUAUCACGAGAAUAAAUAUAAUUAUAUAUAUAUAUAUAUUAUUCACAUCACACUGGUAGCUUUGAAAAGUCCAAUUUGAUGGUCCAUAGCACAGUUGCGAAUUCUAGACUUUGCAUGUCCAAUAUACAUGGAAGUCAAGUACUAUGCUGUUAAUACUUUGUAUUUGGUUUCUAUAGUUAGUUACUGAUUUGGGAUCAUAUUGUCGUUAUAUAUUCCAGCAUAACUCAUCGAUCCAAGACUGACCAAGCAUGUACACACAUACUCAACCGUUAAUAUUCUCAACUAUAAAACUCGUACUAUACAAACUUAUCCACUUCUUUUGGGUCGGUCACAAUGCGUGAAUUGUAAAAGACUGUGUAUGUAUAUGGGGAAAUGAAAACUCGUCGAAUGACAUCAAGCUUAGUAUGGAUCUAUUAUACAUGUGGAUUUGUAUUUGCAUGUUAAAAAAUUAUAACUAUACUUUCCCUACAUAUUCGUCUGAGCAUUUUUCGUCUAUGAAUAUAUGAGUUAUUGAAGUUAUUUCAAUCGUUUCAAGUGUCCGUAUCUAUCACGUGCAUACUAACUAUAUCGUCUACUAGUUAGUCCCUCGGACAUCUUGGUUAGUUGAUUACAAUUCUGAUCGAGAUGGUCGUAAUAAAUUGGGUAUCCUGACGCUACUAUACAAUAUCCUAGUAAUUGUAAACACGACACAUUCUUUUUCUGUUCUGUUUCAUAUAUUUCAUAUAUUCAGUCGUGAAAGGGCACAC